CAGGUCCUUAUUUUCUGUUACAGCCUGUGACCUCGUGAGGCUGGCAUGCAGGAUGGCAGGACAGCCCAGCCACAUGCCCCAUGGAGGGAGUCCGAACAACCUCUGCCAUGCACUGGGGCCUGCGCCCCCUCAAGACCCACAGAGGCACCCCAACACCCUAUCUUUUCGAUGCUCACUGGCGGACUUCCAGAUUGAGAAGAAGAUUGGCCGAGGACAGUUCAGUGAGGUUUACAAGGCUACCUGCCUGCUAGACAGGAAGACAGUGGCUCUGAAGAAGGUACAGAUCUUUGAGAUGAUGGAUGCCAAAGCAAGGCAGGACUGUGUCAAGGAAAUUGGUCUUCUAAAGCAACUGAACCAUCCAAACAUCAUCAAGUACCUGGACUCAUUCAUUGAAGACAAUGAGCUGAACAUUGUUCUGGAGUUGGCUGAUGCAGGCGACCUCUCACAGAUGAUCAAGUACUUCAAGAAGCAGAAGCGGCUUAUUCCUGAGAGGACUGUGUGGAAGUACUUUGUGCAGCUGUGCAGUGCUGUGGAGCACAUGCACUCCCGGCGUGUGAUGCACCGAGACAUCAAGCCCGCCAACGUGUUCAUCACAGCUACAGGCAUUGUGAAGCUUGGUGACCUCGGCCUGGGCCGCUUCUUCAGCUCAGAGACCACUGCAGCCCACUCACUAGUGGGAACACCAUACUACAUGUCACCAGAGAGGAUCCACGAGAACGGCUACAACUUCAAGUCAGACAUCUGGUCUCUAGGCUGUCUGCUGUAUGAGAUGGCAGCUCUCCAGAGCCCCUUCUAUGGAGAUAAGAUGAAUCUCUUCUCCCUGUGCCAGAAGAUAGAGCAGUGUGACUACCCACCUCUCCCAGGGGAGCACUACUCUGAAAAGCUGCGGGAACUGGUCAGUAUGUGUAUCUACCCUGACCCCAAUCACCGGCCUGACAUCGUAUAUGUGCACCAGGUGGCUAGGCAGAUGCAUGUCUGGGCAUCCAGCACCUGAAUGCAGCAUGCCUCAUCAAAGCUAAACACCACUUGUCUUACUUGAGUCCUCUCCCCAAGUGGCACCAGGAAACUCCCACAGCCAAGACCAGAGGGCUCAGCAGGCUACCAAAGGCGGCUGCCUCUGCCACUGAGCUGAAAGCAGCUGGGUUAUGGUCAAUCUCCAAAGUCCUUUCUUUGAACUCUUGCAGACAACUCUGAGCUGGCCUAUUAGUGAGGGCAGUCACUGAAGCUCCCUGUACCAACUGAAAUGUGAACCUCGGCCUGGUUUCUUCAGACCUGUCCAGGCCCCACACUGUCAGACUUGUAGCAAACAGGGUGACUGGUGUGUGUCAGCCUUUGCAAAUGGUUAACACCCGUUGAUUUAGUUCUUGGUACCUUUCCAUACAACCAGGCUGUGUGCUUCAUUUACUCUCUCUUGUAAGGGGAUACAAUAGAAAUAAUGGUUUAGAGUAGAGAUUUUGCUAAUACUUUCUCUGCAUUUUAUAACUUGAUGAGUGACAGUGAGGAGCAGCCAGCAUUGGCAUUGAGAUGCAUGGUGUCUGGGAGACAGGAGGGUCCUCCUCUUCUGAACCCUGCCAUGUACCAUCGCCUCCUGGAAUGCUGUGGCUCACUGUAUGAUAAGUGUGAAGCAUUUUCAUGGGGAGAUGGUAAGAAAAAUCCAAGAGCUUUGCCUUCACACUGGUCUUUUCAGAUUCUGGUGUUGUACCCUCCUAGUGUGAUUUGGGCAAGUUUGUUGUUUUUUUUCUGACAGAAUCUCAAACAAAAGAUGUUACUUAGACACAGCAGCCUAAGUUUGUUAUCCCAGCACUUGGGAGGUAGAGGCAGGAGGAUCAAGAAUCCAGGGUCACCCUAGGCAAUAUGGGAAGUUUGAGACUGGACUGGACUACAUAAGAUCCUAUCUCAAAUGUAAAAAACAAAAAAACACGAGAUGCAAAUCAGCCAGCAGUGGCAGGUGAUCCAAAAAUGCAGCCUGUCACCCUUUCAGAAAACUCAAGUCCGUGGACCAUGAGAAUCAAGAAUUAAAAUACAACUGUAUUAUGUGCAGGAAAAGCAGAAAUAUGUUCAUUUACUUUUUGUUCUCAAUAGGAUUAACUGUGAAGACUAAUUUAUAAAUGUGAAUUUAAGGAAACUUAAGUGCCAGAGGAAACUGUCUGAAUUAUUUUGUUCUACUAUAACAAUGGUCUCAAUCUGGGUCAUAUUCCCUUUGGCAAACCUCUACCUCCAAAAAAUAUUUACAUUAUGGUUCAUAAAAGUAGCAAAAUUAGUUAUAACGUAGCAACAAAAGUGGCUUUAUGGUUGAGGGUCACCAUAACAUGAGGAACUGUAUUAAAGGGUGACAACUUUAGGAAGGUUAAGAACCACUGGCCUAUGCACUCCAGGUAUGGCCUCUGCCCAGAGCAAGCUCUCUGUGUUUUAGACAAAGUGGGAAGAGGAGUGACUGCUGAGCACCUCAGGCUGGCUCUAACAGCAAGUCAGCACCCUCCUGAACUGCAGACCAAACCAAGCACACAACAGCAGCAUAUCUUCUUGAGGCACCUUUAGAAACAACUGGCCAGACCCCAGACACUCCAAGGAAUACCAGAAUAUUUUUAAGUUCCCCAAGUAAUUCUGAGAAUCAGCCAAGCUGCCACCCUCAAUAAAUCUACUGCAUUCUCUCAA